AAUUGCUAGCUUCAACAAAGCUGAUAAACAACAACACAAUCAAGAAGUUAAAAUCAAAACCUCCAAAUUAACCCAAAAUUAAACUCAAAUUAAUUAUUGAUCAUCAAGAAAUGACUGGUUCUGGUUCUCCUUGUGGUGCUUGCAAAUUCUUGCGAAGAAAAUGUGUUAGAGGCUGUGUUUUUGCACCUUAUUUUUGUCAUGAACAAGGUGCUACACAUUUUGCAGCAAUUCAUAAGGUUUUUGGUGCAAGUAAUGUAUCAAAAUUGCUUGCUCAUCUUCCCGUUAAUGAUCGAUGCGAAGCGGCUGUUACGAUUUCUUAUGAAGCUCAAGCUAGGGUUCAAGAUCCCAUUUAUGGCUGUGUUUCUCAUAUUUUUGCUCUUCAACAACAGGUUAUGAAUCUACAAGCACAACUUGCUUCUCUUAAAGAACAAGCAACUCAAAGUUUGCUUAAUGGCUCUGCUACAAUUGCAAACCCUAAUCUUGAUAAGUACUAUGGAAAACCUUCUUCAUCUUCUUCUCUUCCACAAGAUCUUCAAAACUGGUUUCAGUACUCAGAGAAUAAUAAUUCAAACAUGAUCCCCGGCCAGUUCAAUCCAAAUAACAAUGGAUCCUAUGGUGAAAAUGGGUUCUUGGAUCCAUAUUCAUCAAUGGGGAAUCAUUAUGGAGGAAAUUCUUCAAGAACAACUUCUUUUGAUAGCUUUGAAGAAGCUUCUCAAUCCAUUAAUUCAUCUUUUGACAUGCAAAUUGACAACAAGCAGUGGAGUCAUCAUCAUCAAGAUUCCGAUGAUCUCCGGUCCGUCGCCUUUGGCUAUAUGCAGCAAUCAUGAGAACAAAGACAUAAUGAGUGGUGAAGUGAAGACAGAUUUAUAACUGUCAAUUUUUGAAUGAAGUAUGAAUUAGUACUAGCUAGAUUUUGCAUACUUUGAGAUAUGCACUUUUGAAUUGUUGCUAUAUUGCUAUGUUGCUAUAAAUAAGAAAGAAAAAAAGCUAGGAACCCUAGAAAAUAUUGUUUAGGCAAAUCAUAAACCCUAAAUUCUAUCUAUAUAUUUAUCCUCUUCUUUGAA